GUUAUGUUUUUCGCCCUGUUUUGACAGUUCACGAGAGCAAGGGGUUCGUUUUCCAUUCCUAAAUCCAUCCUGGUUUUUUCCAAUUUAUUUGGAAAAUAAUGGACAGUCAGCGGAAAAGUGAUCAGCCCAAGAUCCCGUUGUAGGACCGCCGAGCACGUUACAUAAACCGGUCAAAUUACAAACUGUCUCGACAUCACAUUGCUGAUCCACAUUUUCAUCUACUUAAUCUGGAACAAUGAGGUUUUUUGAAAAUUCUACGGUUUUUAACUAUAGUUGGGAGCAAGUGGCACAGGGGUUUUGGAAACGGUAUCCCAACCCUAAUAGUACACAUGUACUAAGUGAAGACACCAUCACCCGAGAAGUUCGAUCAGGCAAGCUGGUCACAAAAAGACUCUUAAGCAAAACAAACAGCAUUCCAAGUUGGGCCAAGAAAUUUAUCAAUACCUCACAUGUUUACAUCGUUGAAGAGAGCAUCAUUGAUACAAAAAGUAAGACAUUGGUUACUUAUACCAGAAACAUUGGGUUUACUAAAGCUAUGACUGUAACAGAAAAGGUGAUUUAUAAACAAUGUGAGGAAAAUCCACUCAAAACAGUUGCAAUUAGGUAUGCAUGGAUUGAUUCCCAAGUUAGGGGCUUCAGCAGGGCAAUUUGUGCAUUUGGAUAUGAAAGGUUUAAGAAAAACGCUCACAAAAUGGUGAGUGGAUUUAAUUUUGUUUUACAAAACAUGUUUCCACAUCAACACGUCAUUCCAAAUGCUCAUGUAGCCGCCACCGCAGCCAAUAAGCUGAAAGAUGCCGCUAAAAGCGCCUCGGAAUUAGCAAAGAGCAAAGCUGCUCCUAUAUAUGCUUCACUUCACCCAAACCAGUCUUAAAUUUACAUUUAUUGUUACAGUUAGGGUGUGAAAUGACUGAUAAAAGCAUUCCACCAUGCUCAGCAGCUUUUGUGCAGUUCUCAUCGCCCAAGUUUUGAUUUUUUUAUAUGAUUGAAACUUGAAAUAAAUGUAUGGUAUGCUAUAGUAUGGACAUUGCUACUGAUUUUUAAAAGAUUGAGUGUAUAUUUAGUUAGGUUGUGGUGGGUUUUUAUUACAAUUGUUGCCCCAUAGAUAAAGCAUUUCUAAUCAUUAGUUACAUGAGGUUUUAUAAAAACCUUUUCGUAAAAUAAGUCUUUUGUAAUUAUAAAAAAAACCUAGUUUGUUGUGUAUAUAUUGAGAUAAUUAAAUUGUCUAGAGUUUUA